AUGCCAUCACAAGACACGUCCAGUGGUGGUGGCAAUAAAUCUGUCUUAGACGAUGUGAUACCGGGCAGCAUGGCUCAUCUGGAAGACCCCAGUCGAUACCUGACUGGGCUAUCUGAUUGGCAACAACAAAUGUUGGGGAUGAAUGCUAGCACGAGUGAUGCGGCUUUCGGAGGCUCGGUUGAUCCUAGCAGUCCGAAGGGUAGUUCCUACGACCAAGGAGAUGGCAGCGCUGCAGUGCCUGUGUCGGUGAAGAACACAUUCCUGAAUUUCGAAGACCAAGCGAACAUGCUAGCAGCAGCGGGAAGGCCGAAGUCGAUCUGA